AGUCUAUAUAUAUACAAAUAAAUUACACCGUAAAAUACAAUAUAUUUCUAGAAUAAAUGUUUUCAUUGUAUCCCGAUACAAAUGUUUAAACAAUCAGAUGGAAUAACUAUAACAAUUUACUCGUAACAAUAUAUACGCAACCUCCUUCAAGGGUUUGAAUAUUCGCGGGGUAUUUUAAACGAGAGUUGGCGCAAGCGCCGUCAGAUGGCGAUAGCGGCGAGCACAUCCGCAGAAUCAAAAAAGACAGCUGGGAAGUGUAACAUCACACAUCGAUUCGGCGGUCCUGCGAGGCCGAAAAACUUUUUCGUUUCCGCGUUUCUUGCGGGCUGCUCGUGUUGUAUCAUAAAGUAAACGGUGGCUGGUCGCGUUCGUUUGACACAGACGCGUGUGGUGCGGUGUAGAAAGUGAUCGUUCUGCGAACCGAUGUGCUGAUAGAAACGUGACUGUUGGUUAUGCGGUGGUUCCUGUCACGGACAGCAGCAGCCCUUGUUCAACCCCCGUUUCACGAGUCUCGCAGCAACGAAGGAGGGAAGCUCUGCAUGAUACAAGCGUGGAGGUCACUGCAUUGCGAUUGGCGGCGCUGCAGUAGAAUCGACGAGAUACCAACGACGCCGAGGACGUCGGCGUGAUCGUGUCGCGGGGGUGGCGGGGUUGAAAAUCGACGCUUGCCCGGUGUCUCCUGCGUGUACCGCGUCCCUUCUCUCCUCUCGAUUUCCUUCCCCUUUUUCCAUCCAGUGGCCCUUAUCCCUCGUACCGGCGGCGCCUCUUGCUCCAAUCCACGUGCAUAAGAGAUAUACGUAGGUGUGCGUGUACCAGAGGCGCGCAAGUGGUACGCACACGCGACUCGCCGCGGUCCUGUUCCCGAUAUACGUGCGUGAAUCGCGAUUGCGCGCUACGACUCUCCGUGCGGCGACUGGCGCGCAGUCUGGUGGGGGGACGCGUCACCUGUCGGGGUGCUGCGCGCCGCCAGUGUAUCGGCGACCGUCCUUGGGUGCGGGUCGUGUCGUUUGCGUGGUCCCUUUAACGGACAAGUGAGACUGUUACAGUGUAUCGAGAGAGAGAGAGACACACGCAUGCACACACACGUUUUCACGUACGUACACGUGUUCGCCGAGUCGUUGUCCUACCUUUUACGCGUAUAUACUCCCACGUAGAGACACGCGUUUUCUCUCUUGCUUCCAACGUUCGCCGCUUUUUUCUUCCGCUUCUUUUCGCCGGGUUUUCGAACACGUCGAGGUGCGUGCCCGCACGCCAGCUUCGGUGCCGUGGAUGUGCGCGGUCAGGAAGCCGGUUGUCCGCAAGGAAACAUGCGUGAGCAGAGCUGGAGGAGAACGACUGCGACAACGACGAGGAACACGCUGCACGUGACUGCGGCACCCUCGCACGUUCUACUGCAGUGAGUGGAGCGAUAGGGAGGGAAAAGAGAGUGUGAUAGAAACACGUCCUUUCUCCUUCCGUUUUCACGUCGAGGUCUGUGCUUGACGGGGAAUAAAAAUAGAAAUAAAAAAUAAAGAGUGCCGGUGAUUGGUGCGAUUAUUUCGUGGAGUUAACCCGAGGUUCUUUCUUUGCGUGAUCCGCUCUCGGAGAAGACUACGAAUCCUGGCACGUUUUCGGCGUCGCUCGAACCAGCUGAGAGAAGAUGAGGCGUACCAUCUUGGAUACGAGGAUGCACCCGGUGUUAUCCUGCUGGUGCGUCGUCGCCACCGUCAGCCUAGUACUUGCAGCGUGGCAGGAAAACAUCAGGCCGAAGAUGUACGUCCAGCUGGGUGCGGAAGAUGUGUUCAGGUUUACGGGGAACGAGACGCACACAGACUACUUUCGGCUGAUGCUACGGGACGGGAACUAUCUUCUGGUCGGCGGAAGAAAUCUUGUGCACAACCUGAGUCUGACCGACCUAACCGAGCAGCAGAGGCUGACUUGGUACUCGACCGACAGCGACGUAAAAAUGUGCCUGGUUAAGGGCACGCCCGAGGAAAACUGUCAAAAUUACAUUCGCAUUCUCGUGAAGACAGAUACGAGCACGUUGCUGGUGUGCGCGACGAACGCGUUCAAGCCAAUGUGUCGCGAUUACGCGGUGCAGCCAGGCAAUUACACGAUGUUGAAGGAGAAGGGUGGACAGGCAAGGUGUCCCUACGACCCACGUCACAAUAGUACCUUCGUCUACGUAGACGGGGAGCUUUACACCGGUACAGUGGCAGAUUUCGCAGGGAUGGAUCCCAUCAUCUACAGGGAACCCCUGCAAACUGAGCAGUACGACUCGAAGAGCCUGAACGCGCCGAACUUUGUCAGCUCCAUGGCCCAGGGAGAUUUUGUCUAUUUCUUCUUCAGGGAGACCGCCGUGGAAUAUAUCAAUUGCGGCAAGACCGUCUAUUCUCGCGUGGCGAGGGUGUGUAAAUACGACCGUGGUGGUCCGCAUCGAUACCGCAACAGAUGGACCUCGUUCCUAAAGUCCCGUCUCAAUUGCUCCGUCACCGGAGACUUUCCUUUCUACUUCAAUGAAAUACAAUCAACGACGGAACUGAUAUCGGGUCAGUACGGCAAUACGUCGGCCCAGCUGAUAUACGGAACGUUCACCACACCGGUGAACAGCAUCAGCGGAUCGGCUGUUUGCGCUUUCUCCUUGCAGGACAUCACCGACGCGUUCAGGGGUAACUUCAAGGAGCAGAGCGCCAUCAACUCGAACUGGUUACCCGUGCAGAACGCCAAGGUACCCGACCCGAGACCCGGACAAUGCGUAAACGAUUCUCACGCAUUGCCUGACCUGACCCUCAACUUUAUCCAUACGCACUCCCUCAUGGACGAGCUGGUGCCGAGUUUCUUCGGGCAGCCCAUAGUCAUCCGCACCAGCUUUCAUUACAGAUUCACGCAGAUCGCUGUGGAUCCCCAGGUGAAGACGCCAGGUGGUAAAACGUACGACGUGUUGUUCAUCGGCACCGACAACGGGAAGGUGAUCAAAGCGAUAAACGCAGAGUCAGCUGACACUCAUCUGAAGGUCAGCCCGGUGGUGAUCGAGGAGAUACAGGCGUUUCCUUCGACGGUCCCGGUGCGCGGUAUCAAAGUGGUGAGAGCAUCUCAAGCUGGAGACGGCCUGGAGGAUGGCCGGCUGGUCGUGAUAGCCGAUAGUCAGGUACAGGCCCUCAGGCUGCACCGGUGCUACAGCGACAGGAUCUUGUCGUGCGGCGAGUGCGUGGCCUUACAGGAUCCCUACUGUGCCUGGGACAAGGUGGAGGGCAAGUGCAGGGCCCUGGUCGGGCCAGCAGCCACCGAUGCGAGCAGAUUCCUCCAGAGCGUCGCGACUGGUUUGCACGCUUCUUGCCCCCCGAGCAAAAGUCUGAACAAGGACGCGGGUAGCGUCGGUGCCAUAUCUGCGAACCAGAAUAAAUUCCCCCAGGACUCGAUGAUCCCCAACAAAGACAGUCCCGGAGGAGAGAUCAUCAACAUCAUGCACGACGAGGAACAGGAUAAUUCAGGUCCAGAAGUGUCCGCGGCAGACUCACCGCCGCCGCAGUACUCGGUUGAAACUCUUGUAAUGGCUGUUGUGGCUGGUGCAUUGGCAGCUUUGCUGGUCGGUUUCGUGGCAGGUUAUCUGUGUGGCAGAAAGUGCAGAAAGGACGAGGACGACAAUCUGCCAUACCCAGACACGGAGUACGAAUAUUUCGAGCAACGACAAAACGUGAACAGGUUAGCGCCAGAGCCAAAAUUGUUGCCUCAGGAAGAAGUGACGUACGCGGAGCCGGUGUUGGUUCCCCAGCCUCCAAAGUCACACUCACCGAAGGGCACGAUGCGGAAACCACCACCAACACCGACGGAAACGCUGUUCCAAUUUCCCGACGGUUACGGGUUCCGUGGCCCGAGGGAUAAUUUCGGUACCUUACGGUCCCACCAGGGCGACGCGUAUCGGCGCAACGACGGGUUCGCGACCACCCGUAGCGUGAAGAAGGUUUAUCUCUGAGAAACGAGCGAGGAGGGAGGUGGCCGUCACCGGAGCUUAGGACGGCCAGCACGCAAUCGUCACAACGCGACGACAGCGGGAAGGAGUAGUCGCGCUGUGACGUCCGGAGGACAGUCGAAUCGCGAGCUCGCGGGCCCGAGGGCGCUAGAAUCACCUACGCCGCCCUCAAGCGUUUCGUCCAGUUCUCCGUCACCUCCCUCCUCGUCACCAUCGCCCACCCUCGUACCGAUCGCCAUGAGCGGUGGUUCCCCUCCGCCGCCAACACCGCCGUGCAGUUUCAUUUAUCGUUCAUAGUCGUCGUCGUCGUCGGUGUCGGCCUCCUCACCGCCGCCGUCGUACUCUGCUUCUUGUUACGCGACGCCAGCAGCCGGCACACCGUACUACGGGCCAACUGCUCGUUGCGAUCCUUUGUAAUUAAACGCGCGCGGUUCGAUUACCCGAGACCCGCCGCGGCACGUUCAAACACGUUCCCGAAUUUUUCCGUUUCGUUGCAAGUUCCUUGCGUUCGUUCGCUUACAGUCCUCGUUUUCGUUGCAUUUCACACGGUCAGGUGUCGUCUACGGCGCGACGAGAGUCACGACCGACGGGAGUAUAACAUGGAAGAAUUCUCUCGCGUUUCUACGAGCAGAGAAUUCGACAGGAUAACCAGCGACGUCGCGAUCUCCGUCGAUUUUUUAAAUCGAUCGUUCCCUCCCGAAAAAUAAAGCGCGUCUAUAGUAUUACGGCAAGGUUUCUUCUCGUGAAGUCAAUUAAAAGAGACUAUCGUCGGACUCGACUUGCGAUUUUUCUAAUGUUGUAAUAUUUAACGCGAGUGAUCGACAGUGCCAUUAUUGUUCGCGUAAUACUAUCGCGUGCCUCUUGAAAUUGCGUAACGGAUGAAUCUGGGUGUCUUGCUCGAUCGAGGUAACGAGGAAAUUUCGCUCGUCGACGAGGAAACGGAUAAUUAGAGGAAGGUGGAAACUUGUGUAUGCGUGUGUAUUUAUUAUCGGACUAGACACCGUGACCGUAGGAACGCGAUCGUUUGCACCCUGUACCGAUCGCGGAGAUCGCCACGUUGCCUUUUGGGGAUGGCUCGGUUGAUCGAAAACAAAGACUCUCUUACCGCGGUCCGAGAGAAACAGUUCAGAUACCGUCGAGAGUAUUCCUAAGUUUUUGUCGUACCUUUCGGAAACGCGCAUUUCAUCGGCUGCACAUAUACGAGAGGAGAGCAAGGAGAGAGACUUCCUUCGACGAAGGAACAUGAAGAGAAAUGAGAGAAAGAGAAGGAAAGAAGAAAGAGAGGAGCGAAAGCACACGAGGCUUGUAUGUAAAUAAUACGUAUAUACAAAGAAAAGAAAAAAAAAGAUAAAAUAACAUAUACAACGGUUUAAAAGUUAUAUGAGCGGCAGAUGGGAGAUAAUGGAAAGAAAAAUCAGUCCAUCUAAGAGAUCUUGGGCCCGAUGGUACACGUAGACAUCUAUCUUAAAGUGCUUCUUAUUUCAGUGUGUUUAGAAGUAACGCGUAUGUGAUAUAUACUAUAUGACACGAGGUGUUUUUCUAGGCGUUCAGAGAAAGAGGGUUGAGAAAGCGAGAUGAAGAGACGGUGUACAGCAAGAGGGAUGCACACCUGAAUGACUCUAUUUUUUUCUUUUUAUUUAUUCCUGUUCGACACGCACACGAUACACCGAGUAUACACGACAAACGGACAGGUACGCUUGUCACUAGAUUUCUCCUGAUCACUUUGCCAACCGUAUCGGGUAUUUAAAAGCUGAAUAACAGGAAACGUUCAUUUCAAAUUUAUCGUUAACCGAUCGGUUGGCAGAGUGUUGUUACUGAUUUCAUCGGUUACUCGAUCGAUAGAUCGAUGCUCUGAAUCGAGAAAACGAAGACCCGCCCUUAUCACACUGACCCCCUUGAAACGGUAAGACUGAAAAGAUUCCCCGAAAAGGGCGGGUCCCUCUAUCCGUUCUUAGAGUAACAUUUAGAUCGGCAUCGAACGUGGUUUCCUUUCUCGACACAGUACAAAUAUUCAUCGCGUUCCUUCGAACAGAAUUAAUCUCCGGUUUCGCGAGCCACGAAUGCAGGUUUCGAAAAAAUCGCCGUGAAGGGCUCCUGGGAUUUUGAAAAUUGUCAGGAAGGUUUACGAGGAAGAAAAAGAGUGAUUAAAAUUUGAAUAAAAGAGGGUAGAAGAAAUCUGGCAUUCUACUUGCGAAGCGACAGUUUGACGAUAGAAGGGAACUCGAUUUACACGUACACGCACCCACACACAGAGACACUGAACCCACACACAUAGAACACGCGUAUAGACUGAAGGCGUGGAAAUUUCACACGUUUCAAAGCUGCCAUGUAUAAUCGAGCCGACAUUGUUCUGGUCGUUUGCAGAAAAAAAAAAAAAAAAAAAAAAAACGAAAAAAAUGAAAAGAAAAAUAUCCGAUUGUAUGUACCUCCGGUGUAGGUAGCGUAUUUUUAACGGCUUGCUUUCUCGCGUCGUUCGACGAGGUACGAACGUUUUUCUAAGUUUGAUACGACGAAAACGAGAUUCGCGUUUUAUUCCGGUUAAGGUUCAACUGAAACAUCCCUGUUACGUGAUCUUAUUCGCGAAUGGAAGACUCAGGCACGAUACCAAAGAUAUUACUCGUAAACUAGACACACCCGUUGGUCAUUGUGAUGAUGAUGAUGAUGAUGAUGAUAAUUGAAGAGGCGCACAAUACGUUUAGGGAUGGUUGAAGGGCCCCUCGCACAAAAUCGAACCGCAAGAAAAGGUUCGAAGGCAAUGAAACGGCCUCAGAACUAACACACCAGUUCUUUUACCCUUCGUUCACGCCUCCUUUUCGAAUUUCUAUCCUUUACACGUUUACUGCCCCAUUUUUACGAUUAACCCCUUGGCCUCUCGAUUUUUAUUGCACUUGAGCGCGCUAGAAUUAUUAUUAGCAACAGGACAAACCUAACCCAGUCCUAAUUCGUUGCUUAAACGCGAGAGCAGACGGGAAUAUUUGAAAUACUGUACAUAAUUUUUCUUUGGAAACCGUCGGCGUCGUUAAUAGCAUUUGAAAUUUUAAUUAAAAAUUUAAUUACGCCACGAAUAGCAUUUAUUUUAGAGUAUAAUAUGAAACGCGAAUGCCGCUCAAGGUUAUAGGCAAGGGGCUAAUAAUACUUACCUCCAUUUUAUGUGUUCAUUGCGAGAUUAAACUUGCUAUUUUUCGUACUUUUAACCGCAAGAAACGGGGGUGUAAACGAGGGGUCAGAUCAAUUUCAAACGAUCAAACGAAAGAAUCGAGGGAAACGGUGAACGUUGGAAUCAAGUAAUGCAUGAAAGGCUGCGAGAGAUAUUUUUCGAAACGAUAGCAGCUUGGAACAAUAAAACCAUGGGACAAAGUUAAUGGAAAUAAGGGUGGGAAAAUUGUGGUAAAGAGGUCAGAAUUCUAUAAUCUAAAUAUUAUUAAAACGAACGUUGAUAAUACUUGUAAUAAAAGUUAAAAAGGGACAAAACGGGGGAGGGAGAAUUCGACGAUGUUAAACGUGUUCAAAGAAGCUCUCGCGCGUUCGUGUUAAGAAAAAGCCAAUAAGGAACGGAUUCCAUCCAAAAUACAAAAAAAAACAAAGAAAAAAGAAGAUUGAUUCGCAGAGUCGUUUGUUGCGUGAGCGAAUUUUUGUUUCUUUUUUUCUUCCAAUGAUGGUUAAUUGAAUGAAUUCAAAGAAAGAGAAACCUUUCCUAAAAAAAAAAAAACUACCAAAAAAGUUUCCGUUGUCGAUGCGUCGCGAGAAGCGGGACGCGAUGAUUUUCAUGCAUUAUUUCAUUUCAAUCGCUUAGAAGAGCCCGAAAUUUUUUUUUUUUACUUUCCUUUUUGGGGUCUGUACAUUUCUAAAGGUAGAGCACGAGAUGAAGCGAAGAAGGAAGAAAGAAUAGAAGAUGGAAACGAGAGAGAAUGCGCGUGUGCUUGAGCGUGGAAAAGUUUAGCCAGUUAUUAUUACGAUUAUAAAUUGAUAAAAAAAAAAAAUUAGGUAGAUACUCGGAGCGUCCACGUUUUGAUAGGGAACGUCUCCGAUUAGAGAACGCAAGCAUGUAUGGGACAAGAGAUUUGACGAUGAAAGCUUAGACAUAAGUAGAGGAUUAGCAAACGGUAUAUAUAUAAAUAUAUAAAUAUAUAAAUAAAUAUAAAUAUAAAUAAAAAAUAUAUAUAUAUAGAACGCUUGAAACGUAUAUUAAUAUUAUAACUUUUUAUAAAUAUAUUUUUCCGUCGAAGUCUAGCCUAGUUGGAUACAUACACGGUUAUUAACGACUAUUAAUUUAUCCGAUCUUGAUUAUUAAUAUCGAGGAUCUAGCGUUAAUUCGAACACAUUUUAGACGUCAUAGUUUUACAUGAUAGGCAAACGUUGUACGAAAUUGUAAGCGAAGAGGGGGGGGGGUGGGGGUUAAAAGAGGGAAGAAUGAUAAAGAUGAAACACAUUAGUACCUAAAGUUAUGAAAAAUUUAACUACUAGCGUUGAGCCAUCGCUGAAAAAGGGUUCCGGUGUCGAUCGUUUCGCGAUACGUCGAUCAAGAUUUCGUGUAAAUCCUUGGACGAGUGACAUCGUUCGGGGAAAUUGUUAAGAGUGCGAGGUAAACCGAUCGGUAGGAUCGCGAAACGAUCGGGACCGCUCUUUUUCGCGCUUUGUAAUUAAGUGAGAAACAAAAAGAAACAGAACACGAGCGAGAAAAGUUAGCGAUUUAGAUGAGAGGAAUGAGAGAGCGAGAGAGAAUGCGUAUACACGUAUAAAAUAGUCUGACAUUGUACGCGGAUCAUUCGUUUCUUUUCUCUUCUUCUGUUUCCUCUUGGUUUUGCCAGAGAAGAAGAUAGAGUGUGAAUGAAAAAGAGAAAGAAACGGGAUUUAAGUAAAAGAACGAGAGCCCUAGGUUCUUCUACGCACGAAAUCCACCCCGGUAAAAAGAAUGAAAUAUGUUUCACUACGACUGUCGGGUUCUCGUUCGUUGCGCUGAUUACCGCAUCUAACGCUAAUUAAUAAUUACCGAUAACUACCAAGUAAUAAUCAUACUGUUAACUAAAGAAAAAAAAAAGAAAGGGAAGUAAUAAAAGAUCGCGAUAAUGCCGGAUGGUGAUUUUUAAAAAGGGUGAAAGAAAGAAAGGAAAAAAGAAAAAGAAAGAAAACGAAGGACACUAUAUAGGUAUUUAUUAUCAACGACAAAGUAACGAGAACAUAACACGUAUUUUGCUUCUUCCUAAUACAGUGCCGUUUACGCUAUUUUUUACUGUAACUGAUAGAGAAACAAAAGAAGAAAUUCGGCCAAGGGGUGUGCGCGCGGCAUACCAAGAGGGGGUGAACGUGUCGCCACCCUUUCAACAAAAUAAACCGCGAAACUGUGUGUGCGUACGUGUAUGUGUGCGAGUGUGUGUGUGAGAGAAAGAGAGUAUGCGAAUGAAAGUAAGAAAGUACGAAAGAGCAAGAGCUUUGUGGAAAAAUCCUUCGAAAUAUGCGACUCUGGCGCGUUUGAUCAACCUGUAAAAAAACAAUUAAGAAAAAUCGAGGCCGAUUAGUCGAUACUCGUAGCGCUUUGUUAACGACACUGCGGUUCCUUUUUGGAGCGUGUUCGCGUAACUCGUGAAAUAUCGUAGAAUUUACGUCCUCGUCCGUCACGAAACAGCCGAACUGCUCUCCGUUCAAUCUCGACUAAUUCGCCUCCCUUUUUUACCCGCGCUGACAUUUCUGUCCCUUUGCACGGCCGAGCACAUCCACUGUCAAUUAUACAAGGAACUAAGCGGCGUAAUUUUUAGUCGUUCAGUCGCGUAAUUCUUGCAAACUCUCCCCUGUCUUGUAAACUUUUUCUUCCCGGUUCUUUAGUACGGCGAAAAAAAAAAGAAAAAAAAAAAAAACGGGCUACCUAAAACGGCCGCGUCGCAAAGGGACAGAAAUAUCUGAUUUUCUUCUUUUCGAUGGAACGAACGGAGUCACGAUUCGAGGAGGAAACUAAGAAGGGAACGAAAGGGCCUUUCGCUCUUGCGCGAUUCGAGACGAUGAGAGAAUGCGAAUCAGUAUGUAUGGGAGAAAUGAGAAAGAGAAAUUUUUUCACGCGACGUUCCAAUGCCGCGAGAAAUUCCAUUUGUUCAAGGCGCUCCUCGGCACGAGGUUCGCCACAAGAGGGGUCGUAAUCGAUUUUUAAAAAAAGAAUAUAUAGUAACCGGGAGGAUGAAUAAUAAUUAAUGAUAAUAUUAAUAAUACUAAUAAUAACUGCAUUAAUACCGACGGUAUAUUAUUGCCGAUAAUUAUAUUGUAACGACACGAGAAUUAUAUUAUAAUAAUACUCUUUAUAAACGCAGAGGAGAGUGAUCGAUGAACGAGUGAAAGUACGAAAGAAAGAUAGAGAGAAAGGUAUGGAAAAUGAUGAAAGAACGAGAGAUAAGUAGUGUUUUUUCGCAGUAGGCUGACGGUAGAGACACGGCACGUCUAAUAUUAACGAACAAAUUUAAAAAAAAAAAUAAUAAUAAUAAUGAUAAUGAUAAUUAAAAAAGUAAAGUAAAAAAAAAAAAUAUCAUAACGCGAAAAAAAGGUACUGUAGUGAUUUACUAUCGGCUGACACGUAGUGUGAAUGCUGACAUAGGAGAAGCAUGCUGGCGGCGAGUGCUUUUGUGCAAUUCCGAGAUGAAUGGCUCGCUUUCCCGAUUCCUUGUCUUACCUUCGAAAAUACAAUUUUUGCUCCUAUGUACUUACAAACUUGUAAACUUUUAAAUUUACGCGGCAAGAAAAAGAAGGUCCAGAAAUCUGUAGGGACGGUGUCCUGAUCGAUAACGACAAAGACAAUUUCGUCUCGCGACACUUGCUUUGCCAUAAAGAAAGAGCUAAGAGAAAGCCAGAGAGAAAAAAAGACUCCUUUCCAUUACCGUAUUGCGUCUGUUAUGCCUGACAUAGUUCGCUAUUAAAGAAAAAAAAAAAAAAAAAA